AUGAUCCCUCAAUUCCAACAGCCCCUGGACACCUACCUGGCACGGCAUCGCCAGCUUUCGCCGACGGCGGCCGUUCGCGUGUCCCCCCUCGCUCUUGGCGCGAUGAACUUUGGCGAAAAGCAAAAGGCCACCAUAGGCGAAUGUACCAAGGAGACCGCCUUUGCUAUCAUGGAUCACUAUUACUCCCAAGGCGGCAACUUUAUCGACACCGCGAACAACUACCAGGCCGGCCAGUCCGAGGAGUGGGUGGGCGAAUGGCUCGCCUCGCGCGGCAAUCGCGAUGACAUUGUGCUGGCCACCAAGUACAGCAGUGCCUAUCAGCUGCACGACAAGUCGAAACUUCAAUCAAACUAUGGCGGGAAUAGCACAAAGUCGCUAAAGCACUCCGUCGCACGAUCGUUGAAGGCCCUCCAGACGACCUACAUUGACAUCUUGUACCUUCACUGGUGGGACUAUUCCGCCUCGAUUCCCGAGGUCAUGCACUCCUUGAAUGAUUUAGUCGUCUCUGGCCAAGUCCAUUACCUGGGAAUUUCAGACACCCCGGCCUGGGUGGUAGCCAAAGCAAACCAGUACGCCCGUCUGUCAGGACUCCGCCAGUUCGUCGUGUACCAAGGCAACUGGAACGCUUCGAUGCGCGACUUUGAGCGGGACAUCAUCCCCAUGUGCAUCGACGAGGGAAUGGGUCUCUGCCCCUGGGGCGUCCUCAAUGCCGGACGCUUCCAGACGGAACAAGGUUUCAAGGAGCGCGAGGAGCACAACCCCGGGAGACAGAUCAAGGUGUCGGAGCACGACAAGAAGGUUUCCAAGGCCUUGGAAAAGGUCGCCAACGCCAAGGGUGCGUCGCUCCCCGACGUUGCAGUCGCCUACGUAAUGCACAAGGCCCCGUUUGUCUUCCCUAUCGUGGGUGGGAGAAAGCUGGGUCACAUUGAGAGCAACAUCAAGGGACUUGGACUGGCUCUCACCGAGGAGGAGAUUUGCGAGAUUGAGUCUUCUCACGAGUUCAUUCCUGGAUUUCCUCACACUUUCCUAAGCGGUACUCUGCUGUUCGGGGGAACUCCCAAGGGAGCAUACCAUCCCGGGGACGUGUGGUUGACGAGCCUCAUGGGGAAGUUUGACUGGGUCGAUCCUCCUAAGGCUAUUCCAUUCGAGUAA